AUGGAGUUGAGCAGUGUAGCCACUGAGGGGGUCAGCCUCUGCGGUGAUUCGACUCGAGUGGGAGAUCGCGCUUUUCGAAAUCUGAUUCAAGUUACUAUGGACAUUUUGCUGAUGAAAAAGAACGAAGAAUCUCUUAAAAGUCAGUAGCUUUAUUAUUUGUUAUUUUUCAAUGUCGAUACAACGUCUUAAGUUAGUAGCUGAUCACGGUUAUGUUAACGUUCUUUACUGCGUCUUUAAAAUACACCCAGUUUUAAAUCUACAAUACUCGUUCAAUUUCGUUGAAACGCGAUGUAUAUAAUAAGACUGAAACUGACGAUUAUUCAAGUCACACCUUCUCAACCAAUUAGUCUAAAUUUUCCCGUAUGUUAUUUUUUUCUUCUUCCCCAAUGUUGAGAAUUUGCGAUUGGCUAGGUAAUACGUGAAUCAACACUGGGGAGGGAGACUAAGAUGAUAAGGGUUUCAAUAAAUGUGACGACUGUUACGUGUACUUUAGGUGGGAAAGUGUUGUCCAUCUUUUUACUUGCGCUGCCUUACAGUAUGUAUCAGUCAAAUUCAGUUGCACCCAUGCCCCUCCCCCCAGACUAAACCCCAGGCAUUGUUUUGUUCUUCUCGGAUGGGAAAUUCUGGGGGAAGGCCUAGGGACACUUAAAUAGUCAAAUACAUGUACAAUGUACCCUGCGGUGGUGACAAAAAGUGGGGGGCGAAUGCUCCAACCCCUGUAUCACCCCACUCAACACAGUGUACUGUAGCAGCUCUCAUCCAUUGCACAGUGGAGUAGGGUUACUUGCAGCAUUCUAAUGUGCAGUAACCAAAAAAUAUGUGCUAGACUCACAUUGCCCACUCUUUAUCUCACUAUUAAAAAAAAACGUUAGUCCUUGCCAAAAAGCUAAGCUGCUCAUCUUUUUCUCUGUUUGUAGUUCAAGUCAGAAACCAUGUGCCUGUGAAAAGCCUAGGGGUGCAUGGGCCCAGGGUUGGCAAAUGCCCAACCCCUGGGCUGGGCUGUCAAUCCCCCACGUCUUCAAAUAUUAAGAAUUGAUAGGGAAGGGAGGAUAGAUGACGUCAUAAUGAAUGGUAUAUGAUGCCAUUUGUGCAAAAAAUACCUUUUGACUCCAAUUGUCACAAAUUUGCGAUGACACUGACAAAACGCACAAAAAAGUUGUAAUUUUAUUUGAAUUAUAUUUGAGCUGAUUGGUCUAUUAUUAUUACAAUGGCAGCCAGAGUUUACAAGGAAAAGCUCAAUGUUAACAUUAAAAUAGCUCAAACAAUGCAAAAUAUUUGAAAUUUAGCCUGUGAACAGGCUCUCUGUUCACAGGGUAUUUGAAAUUUCAUUGUUGGAAAGUCAAGUCUACUGAAGAAAUAGAAAACGUCGGCGAUUAUCUGGGAGAUUUCAGACUCUAAUCUGGAGACCAGGAGAAACGGUCCAAAAUCUGGAGUCUCCUGGAUCAUCCAGGAGAGUUAACAUCACUGCCUGGGCUACACUACACUUUGGAACUGGCAAAAUUAACGCCCUGUGGUUGCCAUGGGGGAUGGGUGGGUGCAGCUGCCAGGAAUUGACUGAUGCAAGUCAUUAUUGACUUCCAGAAACUAACGGAUUAUUCCAUUUUUCUUCUGCAUCUCGACUUGCUCCCAUGGACAGAGCUGCAAAGAUACACCAAUGUUAUCUUGAGAUUACAAAUCAAUAUAAUGAAACAUGCUUCAACAUCACAUGGACAAAUUUUGUAAGGUCACAGUCUUUAAUAUUCCUUAAAUGUAUUUUAGCCUUUGUAAUAAUGGUUUACAAAUUAUGACACUUGUCAACAGUAAAACAGGCUUGUGUAUGUGUACAGUGUAUCAGCUAGAAAAACAAUGUCACUUAAUUCAGUGGUCAUAGCGAACUCGGAAAUGGACUAUUGCAUGACAUAGCUUUGCAAAAACAGGCCUAGUACAUAAGAGGUCACCACUUUGAAUGGUAAAACAGGAGAAAAUAGCAGGAACGUAAAUUAAAGUGGCACCUGCCCUGGAUGCAUGAAAGUCAUUUUCAUUUUGGUUUCAUAUUUUCCUUCUCAUAUGCAGAAGAAGGGUUGCAUGUAGAUCAGAGAAAAUUAAUGUGUUGCUCUUUUUUAAUGUACCGUGGCCCGUAGUGUUUGGUGAUCUGUAUGGUAUUGUUGGAAAAAGUAUCAUUGCAGCUCUUUUCAGUGGUUUCACAUUGGUAGUCAUUUUAAUUGGUUGAAAUGUGAUCAUGAAUGAUUGUGUUUGUGUUAAUUAGAAAACUUGUUUUGACAGUUGAGCAGUUGUGAUGUUUAACCUGUAAAUACAUGUACUUGCCGUAGGUGAUGAGGAUAUUGCCAGUGUUGAUGCUGCAGCAUUGAAGCAGGCCUAUGCUGGUUUAGUUACCAUGAUAUUAGAGGCUGUGAAGAUGGAUUGUGAUUCACCCAAUAUAAGGUAGCUACACCAGCUGUAUAUUGCUUUGUGCAGUCAGACAUCAGAGACAUAUUUUAUGACAGUCUUAACAUUUUGGCUAGCCAGCAUUGAUUGUGAUUCACCCAGCAUAAGGUAGCUACACCAUGUGUUACAUUGUGGAGUAAAGCAUCUGAGAGAUAUUUUACAACACAGUCUCAACGUUUUGGCUAGCCUGCAUGACAGGCAUUUGAAACGGAAGAGGAAGGGCUUUAUUUUGGUGUGCAAGCCAAUGCAGGGAAGAAUGGACAAGGGAAACACCUGCAAGGAAGCCAUUGUUUUCUCUUUUCUAUGUACUAGUUAUUAAUGCAAAAAAUGCAAAACACUGUGAAGGUCUGGCUCUCAAAUAUAUCUGGUCGUAUUCUCAUAUUUUUUUCAUGCUGUUUUUACUUAAUGUAUUUGUUUCAGCCCUAGAACAACAUCAUAUUGAUGAAGGCACAUUCUCUGUAGACUAAAAAGCCCAAACACGGUUGUCCAAUGAAAAAGGAAAAUAAUAUUUGCAGCCAUGUGUGCUGAUUUUUUCGACUGAGUUUGAGUCCGGCAGUACAAAAUCCAAAAUGGUGACAACAUGAAAUUUCUUAAAAUAAAAUGUUUUGUGUAAGUGUUAAUUAGCCUUCCUUCAUCUUACAGAAUCCACAAAAACUUUUACCUUAUGAUUGGCUUUAAUAACAUUAUAAUAUUAUACAAAACAACGACUUAGCAUUGAUUAGUCUUCUGGUAAUCUGUACUUAAUUUAAGUACAGAUUAAGUACACUUAAAGGUGAUAUUUGUGAACAAGAAAAAUGUAUUAAGCUGUAACUUCAGGUAUUUGUUUCAGGGACAGGAAUGCAAGAUUAAGCGCUAAGAAUGUCUGCCUAGAAGGCAAUUAAUCUGAUAGCCUAAUUCCAAUGGCUUUAUUUAAAACUACAAUCUGUUGUUAAGUCUAAAUAUUUUAUGCUUUCAUUCUUUGUUUUAGUUCUCUACUAGAAGACUGCAAGUGGGGAAGUGAUAGAAUAGACUAUUUUUCAAAGCAUUUUCUGGUAUGAACUAAACAUGUUCUGUUUGUUUUUCUCAGUUAGUUUUUAACUUUUUGGCUUAAUUUACUUUUCCAUUUGUCUUAAUAAUAAUAAUAAUAAUUAUAAUUAAUAAUGAUAAUAAUAAUAAUUACUAUUAUUAUUUUGUAGUUUAUUUAUUUUUCAGAAGUAAUAAUGUUAGACUGCCAACAAACUUUUCCCUGUUUAUACAAAGCAAUGCCAUAAAUUGAAUUUAAGAAAGAUCUACAUGUGGGUUAAAUUAUCAACAGACAAAAAAUAAUGGAUCAAGAGAGGAAACCAUCACCAGUAAUAUCAAUGUACAGUGGAACCUCAAUUAAUAACAAACCUCUAUACAGUGUACAAUGAAGUCCUUGGUAGAACAAAUGAUUUUCUUUACCCCCAGACUAAAUAGUAAACUUUAUUGAAAUAACCUUGAUAUAAUAGAACCCCAUUAAAACAAACAAAUCUUGCCAGUCCCUUCAUUACUAUGUAUAUUAUCAAGGUUUCACUGUAAUAUUAUUGGGAUAAGGGAUCUGACUUUCCAGUUGUUUACAAUAUUCUCUUCAAAGAAUUAUGUUGAUACUCCACCUAGAGAUUAAGAUAAAAUCUUCAAAUAUAUAAAAACAGAUCGCUGUGAGUCGUGAAAAUUGUUCCUCUUGGACAAGGCAGAUGAACAACAUUUUUAGUUGGAGAGAGAAGGGGGAAUUUAAAGAUAAUAAAUGUACGAUUGUUAUGAUUUCAAAUUCAAAAUUAGAGAAAUGUAUUCUUUUUUUUUUUUUUUAUAGGAGUGUAAGCCAGAGUUGGAGGCCCUUCUUGCAAGGUAACCUUGUUAUCCUAAGUCGAUCCCUGUGCAGUGUUUUAGAGAAAAAAACAAUACACGUUUCUAUAGACUUUGCACAUUAUAAUUUUAAUUCAAAUAAACCUGCUCUUUUGUUGAUCAGGUACAAACGAGUUACAGUGUUAAUUGUUCGCAGUGGCAUAUUUUUAAAUUUCUGCCAUGCUGCAAGCAUGUGCUUACACACUGAUCUUAUACACUGUACAUGUAAAUCCUUCUCAUGCUGUAUGGUACAACAAUAACCGACCUUGGCUUAUACAGGUCAGGUAUGUGCUGCUGAACAGAAGGUCUUGAGUAUUAAACAGGGUGUAGAACUUUAGUGUAGAAUUUUAGUAGUAAAAUUCUAAUUAUUUAUUUUAUUAUUUUAAUAGUAAAUUUAAAUUUAAAUUUAAAUAGUAAAUUCCCUUAAAAGCGUCGUCAACAGUGUCUUUUUUUGGCUGGAAGCCUUAAAAGACUGUAAAGUGAUCCCAAUGGCCCUAAACCUUCGACGACUGCUUUGGUCGUUUUUACUCCAUAUGGACCGAUGCAUGAUCAGGCAUGUUUUCCUUCCUAGACCAAAACAGCUGGAACAAAACAGCUGUACAAGUACUAAGAGUAGUACACAAACCUCGUGUUAAUAUUUUGCAAACUCGUCCCAAUUUUAAUUUUUGACAAGGAUUAAAAUAAUCCUCUCAAAGCUGUCAUGUAUUUUAGUUUCCGUAGUGAAAACAAGCUGUUAUGUCAAUCAAAAGGUGCAGGAAUUUGUCAUUUAACCACGGACUCGUCAACUUAACUUACUGUAGUAAUUUGGGUGGUACCUGCAGACUUACAAAUUGUUGUAUAGUGGAACCUCGAUAUAGCAAACCUCUGUAUAACGAAUCCGUGAUAUAGAAGGGAAUGUAAGCAGUGACAACAGCAAAGGCAUUGGCGACAAGAGAACCCUCAGGGUAAACCCAAACCAAUGCGCAUGUCUGGCGUGAAAAACAUCUGCCGUUGCCUUCGCGUCAGAACGUGAGAAUCGGUGUUUUGCUGUUGUGAUAACACGUGAGUACUAAACCUCCGUUUUCCUAGAAAUUUGGCAUAGAACAGCUUCUAGGAAAACUAAAAGUACUUUGAAUACUUUUUUGGACUGAAAAAUGUAAAGAUUUACACUAGUCAUAUUUAGCUGCGUGAGAGAAAAACACCUGAGAUGCGACAGUCCUGAGAUGCGUGAAUGAAGACUGAAGCGAGGCCAGUUUGUCCGAAAACAUGUGAAUAUUGAAGCUGCCCUGAGAGCUCUUCCUCGGUCAAAAAUCAUUUUUCGAUCUAUGGUCUCCUCUGAAGUUUUAUGAAGUAAGCAUUUAUUACUUCAUUUUAUUUAUUUAUUUAUUUUUUUGUGCAUUAAAGCUUAUUUUCAAUUCUACUCCGUUUGCCUCGUUUGUUCCGCUAUCUCUAUGAUCUUUUAUAUGUUCUAAACCAACAGCGGCAUUCAAUUUCAUUUUAGAUUGAUCGUUUCGUUUUUAUCCUGAUUUACAUGUAAUAAACUGCGGGUUUGGUAGAUUUGAGGGCAGUAUCGUUGAUAAAACUAUAACUUCGAUUAAGAAUUGGAUGUAAUUACGUGAUCAGUGUGCUAGAUCUCCAGUUACAUUUUUGUUUGUAUAUAGGACAAACGCGGUUUUGUAUGUUUUUUUAUUUCAUUAUCAUGAGUAGAUAUUUUCGUGUGUUAAAUCUGGAUUCAGACUUAAGUUUGUUUCUGCAAAAAAAGUUCUUCGCUCAUGCAGUGUCCAUUGCUCGCUUGAAAUGACUUACAGACAAAACUUGUCAUAAUAUUUUGCCGUGUUUAUUUUUGUGUAGAUCUUCCCGAAUAAAAAACUAAAAUUUGACGACUUUUUUUUUUUUUUUUUCUGUUCUGAACAAUCAGACAAGACCUUGUUCUCUAUCAUCUGGUAGGUGCCGGUUUGUGUUUUUUAGGGGGAAGGAAGAAAUCUUGAGGACGCGCGAGGGAAGAAAAGGAGAGGAGGCGCCUUCCCCUUCGCGUGUUCCCUCGCGCGGCCUUUAAAAAAGUAACCGGCGCCUGCUACGCAGGCUAAUCAUCUGCUCGAAAUGGUUGAUUCCUUACCGCCUUCUAAAGAAGAAGCGAAGAUGAAAAAAAAAGCUCUUCUCACAAGAAGUAUAGAAUUUGCCGUUUUCGAGCUGCUUAUUAACUGCUCAUAAUUCGCGAUGUCUGUGCGGUAGUGUGAGACCGAACCGCGUUAUCUUCCCAGACUCUUUCACGGUAUUGCCGUUGCCGUUGCCGUUGCCGUUGCUGUAGCCGUUGUCUGUGCUUAAAGUUUUAAUGAACCAUCUGCCCCAGUUACAGUAAAAUGUAUGGAAAAUAACCUCGAUAUAACGAAACCUCCUUUUAGUGAACGCAUUUGGCCAGUUCCUUUGCCCUUCGUUAAAUCGAAGUUCCACUGUAUAAGGUACGUUCUUGCCUUUAUGGAUAGGAGGGAAAAUACUUGAUGUGUUACGUUACUUUCACUUAUCCAAAUCUUUGAGGGGUAAGAGAACCUCUAGGAGUGUAAUGGAUCACUGGCAUUGACAACUCCUUCAUCUUUUCUCAUGGGUUAUGACUUUGGUGAAAGAGGGCGCUUUGUUUGUCCAAUUCGUACCCAUCCUUGGAGGGCAGGUGUAUAGCCAACCCUGUUGAGCAGGCUUCUACCCAAUAACGCUGAAAAAACAAAAACUAAACCAAACAAGAAAGUUAAAUUAGUAGCACUAGAGAAUUGUUAUCCUAGGGAAAUAUACUGAGUGAAUACUCAAAUUAAAUGCGUUUAACUGUAGGACUGGAAGUUCAUUUCCUCAUAUUGUUGAUGUGGACUGGAGAUUGGAUUACUAUAUAAAGGUACAUGUCAUUUGUUCUUCAAAACCGAAAUUUAUGUUUAAUUGCUGUUAAAUAGGGUUCUUUCUCCCUUUUCUUUCGUCUCUUAAAUGCUUUUAAAUGAAAUAACGUGAGUUAAAUGCAGUUUAAAGAAGUGCUAGCAGUCCAUGGUCCAUUGGUAUGUGCGUAUCCAAUAGUUUGCUACUAUCUCAUUAAUUUUGAGUUAGUGGCGUAUGAAGUUUUCUUUGUGCAGGGUAUUUCCUGCCACGAAAUUUCCUUCAGCCAGGUUUCUCCCCACCUCCCCUCGCCUUUGUUCUUUCUCCAGCAAUAUUUUUCAGUUCAAUGGAUGCCUGUUUUGUGCUGUGGAGACUCAUGGCAGGGUUUCACUAUUAUCUCAGCCAUGGCGUUGCUAUUCAAUCUAAGGACCGGCUAGUGCCAAAAGUAGAAGUCCAUUUAUCGCUGCAGUUGUUAACCCUUCGUAAUAUUAAUGAAUAAGAAUUAUGGAGUUAAUUCUUGUCCCCAAACCCUUUGCAUUCCUCAACACUUAUAAUUUAUAAUGCUGUACGAUGAAGUGAUUAGUAAUUACAUGUAUUAAUGUACGUUUGUUUUGCACAUAGAAUAACCAGAUGGACAAAGUGAAUAAACCUACCUAUCUUAUCACACUUAAGACUGAGGUACGACUUCAUUAUUCGCUGACUAUUCUCCACUUAUUAGUGGAAUAAAAAGCUGUAAGUAGCCUGCGAGCAAGCUCUCCGGGGCGCUCUGGCGGUAGGGUGGGAGAAGGAAGGAGAGCUUGCAACUACGUCUCUGGAAUUUCAAUUCCGCCUCUAAUUUCCUUGUGGCUUCCCGUCAACUGAGCUGUGAGAUUUGCGCAGACCAGGCACUAGCCAGGGGCACCCAACGAGAAUAUAGUUCAAAACUACUUAAACAUAACAUUGUUAAACAUAUUUUAGUAUUUAAACGGUAAAUAUAGGCAUGUUUUUAUCCCCUAAUUUUUUUUUUUUUCAUCUGUUCGGAUUUCCUAGCUGAAAGUCUAGUGAUCCGAAAAUUAUAGGGAUCAAAACUUACCUUUUCGAAUAUUUAAGCAAGAAAUUUUACAACAAAUGUUCCGAAAGUUCUAGAUCUCAAAUCGUCUUCCGAACAGAUAUUUUCCGAAAAUUGACGUUGGGUGCCCCUGACUAGCUAUAGUUGUACACAGGAGGAAACCAUGUCCCUGUUGGUGUUUUACCUAUUGUAUUACACUUUCGCUUGUCUUCUUCGUCACUUUCACGGUUUUAACCUGUCUUUGAGUCGUGUGUAGCCAUUUCAUCUGUCUUGUGCCGCAGUUUCAAGGCCAUGUCGCUUGUCGCAAUUUCACCUUAACAAGGCAUCCUAUUUAUUUAAGGUAAACGAGGUUUCAAAAACCAGGAUAGAAAAAUUAUUAGCAAUACACAAGCUUUCGAUUCUAUUACGGAAUCCUUAUCAAGUGAUGGAGUUGGACGUUUGCACACGUGAUUUCAUUGACAAAACGUCCCAGUAGAUCUCAGGGAGCUUGUAAUCUAGGCAUCCUUACUUUGUAUCAUUAUUAUUUUUUAAACAUCUUUAGCCGAAUUUAAAUCAGUUUUGAUUGAUUGAACUUUUUUUAAAUCUUGUCCUGUUAUGAUUCAUUAUAACGCCAUAUCAGUUAUCUUCUUUGGCGAGGCAUCGCACAUUAUACUUACAGCGUUAAUAACGUAUUAUUCGGCUUACAUGUGCUCGAAUAUUGGGCAGUGGUCCAAUUUCCUUGGUUCUAAAAACUUUAAAAGACCUGAAACCAUUGAGAUACAUACAUUUUGACAAGUUAUUAUUCCAGCUUUUAAAGUGACGUUUUCGUUGUUUAGGAAUCAGGGAAAUCUCAAGGAAAGGACGUGCAAUUUUCCUGUUCAAUGGAGCAGCUCCAGGUAUUAUUGAGUUAAAUAAGUUUAUGUAAGGCUAGGUUGUUCAAGUCAGACUAUAAAGUUCACGUAAAGUCCUUGUCAAAUUAGGAUUAGUCAAAUCUGAAAAUUCAAUCGGAGGAAGGUUUUCGUUUACCAUAAAGAUGGUCAUUCCCUGACCGAAGGAGAAGAGUUUUUCAAAGUCGAUAAAAGCUGAAGGGUCUAAUAAUUUCGCGGCUGAACGGCAACAAAAAACUGGCCUUUUAGUUCUCUGACCGUUUGAACUGGAAAUGAAAAUAAAAUAAAAUUUUAGCUCAACACACAUGAGGGUCAUUUUCGCAUUCAACUAAUAAACAACAACAGCUAAUAAGUGAUGCUCAUGUUUUUUUUCCCUCAGGAUCUUGUUGGCAAACUUAAGGAUGCCUGCAAAAGUAUAGAGAGAGCGUCUGCUAAUUAA